AAAAGAAGACAAUGAAAGAAAGAGUCCUGAGUUUAGCUAUAUAUCAUACCAUUACUCCUCUGUAUAAACAGAAAAUCGUCCCCAAACUUACAUAGAAACCUACCCUUAAAGACUUCCUCCAUUCAAUAUCCUUCUUCUCUAGCAGAAACACGAAUGGGGAAAGAAAUUUCAGAGCUAUCUCCCCUUCUCCUCCUUUUGAUCUCCUCAGGUACAAUGGGUUCAGCAGCCAUUCUUUCCUUCGUGAAUGAAUGUAGCUACACAGUGUGGCCCGCAACUUUCUCUGGAAAUGGUCCCACCCUCGGGGAUGGUGGGUUUUCCUUGGCACCGGGACAAUUGGUCCAGCUCAUUGCAGAUCCCGGCUGGUCCGGCAGGGUCUGGGCCCGAACUGGCUGCAACUUCGACUCCUCGGGCAACGGUAAAUGCCUCACUGGUGAAUGUGGCUCGCUGAAUUGUAUCGGAGAUGGCCAGCCACCUUUUACGUUAGCCCAGUUCAUCAUCGCAUUGGGAACCACCGACAAUAACUUCUACGAUGUCAGCCUGGUCGAAGGCUACAACGUCGGCAUCCGCAUCAAUGCCACCGGCGGAACAAGUGACUGCCAGUACGCGGGCUGCAUCGCCAACUUGAACUGUCCCCCGGAGUUGCAGGUGGUUGAUGUUUCUGGCUCGGUGGUCGCGUGCAAGAGCGCGUGCGAGGCAUUCAACGCGGCCCAGUUUUGUUGCGCCGACGACUACUCGACGCCACAAACUUGCUCGCGGACUCAGUACUCGGAGAUGUUCAAGAAAGCGUGUCCGAACGCGUAUAGCUACCCUUACGAUGAUGUUUCAAGCCGUUUCACUUGCUCUGGGUCGAAUUUCUUGAUCACGUUUUGCCCAAAAGGGUUGUGAUCAUUAUUGACAGAUUAUAAGCACGCAAGUAGUGCUUUGUGAAUGGUUUUGU